CCCAAUUUCCUCUCUUUAUUUAACUCCCAACUCUCUUCAACAUUCCCAUCACUCACAAUUUGCUCCCAUUCUUCUCAAUUAAGAACAGCGAAUCCUCACAAUUUUCCUUCUCCCAUCACCCAAAAAUGAAGAACGCCGAAUCCUCUGCCAUCAAUGUUGCCUCCGAGACCACCAACAGCGGCCCAAUUGGGAAGAAGAAGAGCACGACGCCGUUGCUAGCGGCGGAGGUCCCAAUCCGGCCAGACAGGGGAACCCACCGGAUGAAACGUGGGCUUGCCAUUUUCGACAUCGUUCUGAGAAUCGGCGCCCUUUCCUCGGCGCUGGCGGCGGCAGCCACCAUGGGAACCAGUGGCCAAACGUUGCCGUUUUUCACUCAGUUCUUCCAGUUCGAGGCUAGCUACGAUGAUUUGCCCACUUUCCAGUUUUUUGUGAUCGUAAUGGGAAUCGUUGCGGGAUAUGUGGUUCUAUCCCUUCCAUUCUCAAUUGUUUGCAUUAUUCGUCCCCACGCUGCUGGGCCUCGCCUUCUCCUCUUGAUUUUGGACUCAGUGGCUUUGGCGUUGAGCACAGCAGCAGCAGGAGCGGCAGCGGCAGUGGUGGCGCUUGCACACAGUGGGAACUCAAGCACGAACUGGCUGGCAGUGUGCAACCAAUUUGGGGACUUUUGCCAACAAGCGAGUGGGGCUGUGGUGGGCUCUUUUGCUGCUGUUUUGCUCUUCCUUCUACUCAUCUUGUUCUCUGCCUUGUCCCUCAAGAAUGCCCAUUGAUAUCAGUUCAUUCUUCUUCUUCUUCUUCUUUGUGCUUCCAUUUAUGCAUCCAUUUGGGUUGUGUCCUUUUCUUGUCUGUGGAAUAUGGGGUUGAAGAAAUUAUUCAUCUGUAACUUUUUUUUUCUUUUUCUUACAUGUUUGUUGGGAUUUACUCGUGUAAAAUUUGUUCUAUAUGAAUUAAAAAGUUGUGAUAUAAU